GCGGAGCUGACAGCGCGGAGCUGGCGCUGCGGAACCCAAGGAACCUUGCCGGUUCCUCUGACUGGCGUCUGCGAGUACAGCGGCGGCUGACCCGCCCGGGUUGGAGGGAUUUACCCGGACCGUGGAGCGAUGCUUGUGAUUCUGCAGCUCCUCAAAGAUCCCUAGUAGCCUGUUUCUCCAAGCAGUCCAGGACCUCCAGCCCCAUGGAGCCCCCGAUCCCGCAGAGUGUCCCCUUGACUCCCAGCUCAGUCAUGGUGCAGCCCCUUCUUGACAGCCGGAUGCCCCACAGCCGGCUGCAGCACCCGCUCACCAUCCUACCCAUUGACCAGAUGAAGACCAGCCAUGUGGAGAACGACUACAUAGACAACCCUGGCCUGGCUCCCCCAACUGGUCCAAAGAGGACCAGGGGUGGGGCUCUGGAACUGGCCCCCACACCUGCCCGCUGUGACCAGGAUGUCACCCAUCACUGGAUCUCCUUCAGUGGGCGCCCCAGCUCCGUGAGCAGCAGCAGCAGCACCUCCUCUGACCAACGGCUCCUAGAUCACAUGGCUCCACCGCCUGUGGCUGAGCAGGCUUCACCUAGAGCUGUGCGUCUGCAGCCAAAGGUCGUCCACUGCAAGCCUCUGGACCUCAAGGGUCCAGCCCUCCCACCAGAGCUGGACAAGCACUUCUUGCUGUGUGAGGCCUGUGGGAAGUGUAAAUGUAAGGAGUGUGCGUCCCCUCGGACGUUGCCCUCCUGCUGGGUCUGUAACCAGGAGUGCCUGUGUUCCGCCCAGACCUUGGUCAACUAUGGCACCUGCAUGUGCCUGGUGCAGGGCAUCUUCUACCAUUGCACCAAUGAGGACGAUGAGGGCUCCUGUGCUGAUCACCCAUGCUCCUGCUCCCGCUCCAACUGCUGUGCCCGCUGGUCCUUCAUGGGUGCCCUCUCUGUGGUGCUGCCCUGCCUACUCUGUUAUCUACCUGCCACAGGCUGCGUGAAGCUGGCCCAGCGUGGCUAUGACCGCCUGCGCCGCCCCGGUUGCCGCUGCAAGCACACGAAUAGCGUCAUCUGUAAGACAGCCAGCAUGGAUGCGGUGGCCAGCAGGCCUGACAAGCCUUUCUGACACUUCGGGUCGAAGCCUCGAUGUUGCCCCUGGAAAUGUGGGUCACUCUUGCCAGCCUCCUGAGGCUGACCCUGCUCAUCUGUUCUCCUCCCUCGAUUGGGAAGAAGCAGGCAGAGACCACACCACCCACUCUCUGUUUUUUUUUUCCCCCCAAAAGGAUGAAGAAACACAUGGGGACAGUGGGGGAAUUCAGGGUCCUGGAACUUUGUGUCAAGUAGACCAUGCAGGGUGUGAUGAGGAGGGGGGCGGGGCGAGCUUGUUGAUUCUGUUUUAGAAGAGGGAACACAGAUGCGGACAUAAUCUUGGAAGUUGCAGCUGCUUGAUGGCCUUCCCAGUCCCUCCUCCUUCCUUUCUCCCACUCUGCGUUUGUCUUUGGCUUUCAUAGGAGUUGGACUCCUGGGAGGAAUUGGCUAACUGAAGGCCAGGGUACUUUGAAGAUGACCCUGGGAUCCUGGACUUCUCUAUCUUCUCCUCCAUCCAUGCCUACUGUCCGCUGCCUCCCUGGGGAAGGUGUAGAGCACCCUAGGGAUCCCUACUGUAUAUACUUGGGAGCUGCUGAGAACAGAGGAUAGCUGGUGAGUGGAAGCCUUGUUCCUGCGCCUGCCUUCCCAGAGCCAGUCACAUGAUGGAUUUGGGAGCCACUGUGCAGUGAUACCUUCCUCCCAGCCUGCUCAUUAACUCGGGGGUGUUCUGCUCAUCAUCACACCGUCCUGAUUCUUGCCACCAAGUCACAGACUCGCCUGCCUGCUGUGUGUCCUGAGUUCUCUCUCCUCAAACAUUCUUUCCAGAAACUUGAUGGGCAGAGAAGACCAGGGUGGCACAUGCGAGACCAAAUAUCAUUUUGCCAAUGAGUUUGGGGCUGUGGUCUCUGGAUCCAGUCGUGAUGUUUUUAUAGAAUAAUUAAACCAGAUGUUAACAGUGUUCUCAACAUCCACAGUGAUAAUAACAACUUGCUUCCUUUUGGACCACCCCCAGGAAGGGCUGAUUUCAAAAUCUGGGGGCAAAUAAACCUCAAGGAGCACAAUUUCCCUGCCCACCAAGAAGAGUUGAACGGCGAAGAAGAGGCCGCGUCUCCCAUUGGCAGAAUGACAGCUGAGCCAAACUGGGCUGGGUUACCUUCUCUGAUUCUGCUGCUUGCUGUCAUAGCCUUUUGUGUAUAGCGAUGCAUCUGUAUCUUUAUGUAAAUAGAGAUGAUGAACAGAGUCUAUUUUAGUGUGUUAGGAAGCCCUGGCGGCAGGGGGAGUCAGAAAAGCUUGAGAGGGUGGGGAAAUGAUUCUCCAGGGGCCACUGAGAUUGAGCCCUGCUUUUGUGCACAGCACACACUUCCCCCAACAGCCCCCAAAGACGUAGCAACUCUUUCUCUCAAGGUGCUAAAGGACUCAGAAAGUGCAGCACGUCCAGUGGGUAGGUACUUGUUGCAUGCAAAAGCUGUAAUGUGUCUGGUCCUUUCCCCUAACCCUUAUGUGAGGUUUUUGCUUUGUGUGGUAGUGUCCCUCUCCUCUAAUGAGAGGAAGUGGCCUGGGUCAGAAAACAUGGCCCAGGUGAAAUGGGGAGCAAUUAGGCAGAGCAUAGCAUUUUAAUUUGAGCUGUCUCCAGGAAGGAGGCCAGGCCAAGGAGGCAGGUAACUGUAAGUGGCAUGUACCUAAUGCUUCUCAAGGACACCCCUCCCCAUACUUUCUUGGAAGCUAGAAGUAACAUCUUAUGAUUUAGGAUAAAUUAAUUGUAACCAUAGAUAUUUAUUGAUUGGAGGAAGGGAGGGUCUUAUUAUUUUUGGCUUUAUUUAUGUAACAUUUGCUGGUUUGUAAAAGGCAAGUACAAAAUAAUGCAUCUUCAGUCUCUAAAGCUAAUUCAUAUAGCUACCCUGGCCACAGAUGGUGAUGGAUGUAUAGAUAAUUCUCGCACAAAUAGGAGGGAAUGGUAGAAAAACACAUUUCAGCCAACCACUUUUACACUAAUUGAAUGUAUUGGAAAUGUACUGAAGGGGGCUGGAGAUGUUUUCCUUAGAUGAGGUGUGCAGAUGUGCCCCCCUCCAAAUGAUAGCACACAUGUGUGUGCACUCUUUUCCAGAAGGCCUUGGAAUAUUGCCCAGGGCCCUCCCUCAAACAUCUCCAGGAAAUUUGAUACAGUGGCAAGUUACACUGUCGUGAUCUUGAUCUACAUACCUAUUCUAUGGAGAAUUGAUUUAUAUAAGCUGUGUUGCACACAUUGCACAUGUUACACACACACACACACACAAAACACACAGACCCUCUACCAGUAGACCCUCUUUCCUAGUAGAGGCCUCCUGAACCCUGACUUUUUGUGUACAUAGUUGUAAACACGGAUUUUUGUGGGUUUUGGUUUGCUUUUUUAUUUUCCUCUCCUACCUGUUUGACUUGCAUUUAACCUGCCAAAUGUCUGCAGAACUCUUCCCCAAGAAUCACCUUGGUACCCACAUGCUCUGUGGUAAGAGAAUGAGUGAAGCAAGCGUCCUUUCUUCUCCAGCUCUGUUGGGUAGCAUGCUCCUUCAGCAUCAUGGUUUGGUUUUGUUUUUUUCUCUCUGGCUCCUUGACAAAAGAGGAAGAGGCCCUGUAGGCCCUCUAUUCCUUCCCAUGAGUCGCCGAGGGAACAAGUACGCAGAAACAGGACACAUUUCUGUAGAUACUGCUGGCUGGCUGGCUGGCUGUUUUCCUGUCACCUGCAGCUUGCUUGGCUGGGUUAUGCUUAUGUCGAAAAGUCAGCUAGUUCUUGCUUCUCUGCAGUCCUGGGGUUGGUGGUAGUUGUGCCUGGGGCUGGUAAUAGUUUUUGGUUCUCACCCCACCAGUGGUGAGUUUGUGGAGGCCAAUAGUUCCGUGAGCCCCCUGGGGACUGGGUCCAAGCUAACAAAGGCUUCCCCGGUAAAUGACAGGGUGUACAACGGAGACGCUCCUCAGAGACUCCAGAAGGAAGACCAGUCCCUAUUGGGAAUGGACCCUUUGAACCCAGGUGGCUGCCACCUUGAAGCAUCACAUUCUCCUGUGCUGCCCCAGCAAGUGUCUGGUGGUGUGCUAGCAGCACAACUUAGUACUGUCCAUCGCUAGGGCACCAGCUUUUUCUGGCUCAUGCCUUUGGUGAGCAUUUCCCUGUCUUCUCUGCUUACUGUCAUAGUGGAAGUCAAACCUUGCGUUGCCAUUUUUUUUGCUGUGGGUAACUGCGUGCGAUGUCUUAUAUUGCUUUUCCUUCUCCUUGUCCUACAGUUUGGUUUCGUGUUACAAAAGGUAAAGUUUUUUCCAGCUCCCUUGCCACCACAUUCCUAUUUUAUUUUCACCUUUCACUAUAGUUCCCCUGUUACCCCACCACAAAAGUUACCACAGAAGGUUUCCUUUGUAUAGAAUAUUUAUUUUGAAGCUCUAUUUUAAUAGUAUUUAUUUUAGAAAGUCUACUAUUGUAAGAGUUCUUCUGUUUGUGAAGAAAAAAACAAGUUAAAACUGAAUGUACUGAUCUAGAAAAUAUCUAUAAAUAUAUAUUGUUAAAUAUA